AUGGCCGGCCGCGCCCGGCACCCUCGCUUCCGCCGUGUGUUCUUCUACCUCAUCGGCCUGCUGGCCUCGCUCAUCCCGGCCACGUCGCGGGCGCAGCCACCGGAGACGGUCACGGUGGGGCUCAUCAUCGACGCCGACUCGCCCGUCGGCAGGAUCGCCAGCACCACCAUCCCAAUGGCGCUCGACGACUUCUACGCCGCCUUCCCCAACGCCUCCGCGCGGGUCCGCCUUCUGCAGCACGACUCCGGCGGGGACGUCGUCGCCGCCGCGUCGGCCGCGCUGCAGCUGAUGACGGCCCAGGGCGCGCGCGCCAUCCUGGGGCCGCAGUCCUCCGUCGAGUCCGCCUUCGUCGCGGACCUCGCCACGCGCGCUGAGGUCCCCGUCGUGUCCUUCUCGGCGACCAGCCCGUCGGUGUCCCACUCCGAGGCGCGCUUCUUCGCGCGCGCCGCGCUCAGCGACGCCAAGCAGGCGGAGGCCAUCGCCGCGCUCGCCACCUACUUCGGCUGGCGCCGCGUCGUGCCCAUCUACCAGGACGACGACUACGGCGCCGCCUUCGUGCCGUUCCUCGUGGACGCGCUCACGGCGGCGCGAGCGGAGGUGCCCUACCGCUGCGCGCUGCCCGCCGCGGUCACCAGGGACGCCGUCGCCGCCGCGAUGUACCGCCUCGAGUCCGAGCAGACGCGCGCCUUCGUGGUGCACGCGCGCCCGGCGCUCGCGGAGCUCGUCUUCGCCGCCGCCGUGGAGGCCGGGAUGAUGGCGGAGGGCUACGCGUGGGUCAUCACCGACGGGCUCACGGGCCUCCUCGGCUCCAUCCAACCGCCGCAGGGCGUCAUCGGGCUCGCGCCCCACGUGCCGCCCACCGCGCGCCUGCGCGACGUCCGGAAGCGGUGGGCGCACAGGUUCAUGCGCCAACACCGGGACGCCGAUCCGGCUCAAGCCGAGAUGGGAUGCUACGCGCUGUGGGCGUACGACGCCGCAUGGGCCGUUGCGUCCGCGGCCGAGCGACUCAGCCCCGGCGACCUGUCAUCGCCACCGGGGCUCGGCGGCGGCAGGAGCGGCCCCACCGACUUCUCCGGGCUCGGGAAGUCAAUGUCCGGUGAGAAGUUCCUCGAGGCAAUAACCAACACUACAUUCGAGGGCCUCGGCGGCAGGUUCGAGCUCAUCGACGGCGAGCUGGCAGUGCCGGCCUUCCGGAUCGUCAACAUCAUGGACAACGCCAAUGAGCGGGGCAUCGGAUUCUGGACGCAGAAGGACGGACUGCAUAGGCAGCUUGGGCGCGGCCGCGGCGGGAUCGCGUCGAACAGCGGGCUCGCGCCAGUGAUAUGGCCGGCGGACUCGACCGUCGUACCGAUUGGUUGGGUCCAGCCGACGAGCGGCCGGAAGCUGCAGGUGGCGAUGCCGGCGGGGCACGUCGACCCUGGCUACCAACCGAUCAUGCACCUCGACGUCGACCCAGCAACGAAUCGGACGGUAGCCGGCGGGUUCGUGAUCGAGGUGUUCGAGGCGGCGGUGCGUCUGCUGCCCUACGCGCUGCCGUUCGAGUACGUCCUAGUGGGCUCCAUGCGCUACGACACUCUAGUCGAGAGGGUCGGCAAAGGGGAGUUCGACGCGGCGGUGGCGGACAUCACCAUCACGGCGGACCGGUCGCAGCACGUGGACUUCACGCUGCCGUACAUCUUCGCCUUCUUCGUCUUCACCGGCUUCGUCGUCUGGGCCGUCGAGCACCGCAGCAACAAGGAGUUCCGUGGCCCCCCGUCCUACCAGAUCGGCACCCUCCUCUACUUCGGCUUUUCAACCCUCGUCUUUGCACAUAGGGAGAACCUGAAGAGCAACCUGUCGCGGUUCGUGGUGGUGGUGUGGGUGUUCGUGGUGCUCAUCCUGCAGUCCAGCUACACGGCGAGCCUGACGUCCAUGCUGACGGUGCCGCAGCUUCAGCCGGCGAUCGGGGACUUCGCCUCGCUGUGGCGGGGAACGGACAAGGUCGGGAUCAUGAACAACUCCUUCAUGUGGGCGGCCAUGAACAAGUCGGGCUUCCCUCAGUCCAGGCUCGAGCGGUACCAGGCCACGCAGAGCUUCCACGAGGCGCUGCUCAACUGCACCAUCGGCGCCAUCGUCGACGAGACGCCCUACCUCAGGCUCUUCCUCAAGUCCUACUGCGACAACUUCACCGAGACCGCCCAGAGCAACAAGACCGGCGGCUUCGGCUUCGUAAGCGCCCUGCUUGCUGCCACUAGACAUCGUCACAUCAUCACUUGGUGUGCAGGCGUUCCCAAGGGGUCGCCGUACGUGGCGGACCUGUCGCGGGCGAUCCUGAACCUCACGGAGAGCGACGAGAUGAGCUUGAUCGAGCGCAAGUGGUUCGGCGAUGCGGACGGCUGCACGGCGCAGGGCAGCCAGUUCACGUCGGACAGCCUCAGCUUCGACAGCUUCUGGGGCCUGUUCUCGUCACCGGCGCCACCUCCCUCCUCUGCUGCGCGCUGCACCUGCUCAUCUUCGUCGUGGCCAACCGCCGGCGGAUCUGGGCGUCGCGCGUGCCCUGGAGGAACAGGCUCCGGAUCUUCCUCAAGCUCCUCGACGACAGGGACCUCUCGUCGCACACGUUCAGGACCAACAAGGAUGCCGGCGGGUCGGUGGCUGGUCGGAGCGCUAACGACGCGGGCGCCUCCCGCCCCGGCCGUCGCGCACAUUGCAGCCGGCAGCCCGCUCAGGGUGUCCAACCACACGUACGACAUGAGUGACUGGUCGUUUGGUGCGCCGAGCCCGGCACCUGCAGCUGCAGGUGAGAAUGAGAUCGAGCUGGCUGGCGCCGCCGAGGCAGACGAGGUGGCCGCAGCUCCCAACCCCGGCGGCUCUGGUGAUCAAAGUGGCACAGUCCACUGA